GUGACGCAGGUUCUGGCCUUCCCAAUCCGGAUGGAAAUAUCAUCUUUUGCGAGACCAUCUGGACUGAUACUACUCCCAAGAAAAUGUCGAAAAAGUCUAGGAAAGGACUUUCCGUUGUUCCAAAAGUUUGUGCUAAGCCGAAAACAAAGAAGACUAAGAACAAGGCAAAGAAACUUGCUGCAGGUGUUAAGCUUCAGGCUUCCAAACCACUUUCCGGACAGGGACAGGUUUUGAGUGAACCAGGUCCAAAGCAGAAGAAACAGAGGAAGAACAAACGCAACGACGAUGCAAUUCACGUACACCAGCGGGAUUUGAAGGUCUCAGCGAAGAGUAAGGCUAGUUUCGGAGCUGUGUCUAGUGACAGCGAACCGGAACUCAUCAAUCCACAAUGGCAUUUAGGUGACCAUCCAGGGAAGACGAGGAAUAAAGGACAUGGGACCAAAAGUUCUUCAUCGGAUGGUGAACACUCCGUGUUGGAUCCUUCUGCUGAAGGUGCACAAUCGAGUGAUCUAGACGUUUCCGAGAGUGAUAUUGAUGAAGAACUAGACGAAUCGGAGUUAAAUUCCCUGCUGCUCAACAAAACCGAUGGUUCGACCGGAGGAUCCAGUGAGGAAGAGGAAUUUGAACGUUCGGAAGAGAAGCCGAACUCUUUGGAACCACAGCCAGUAAAGAAGAAGGAGGACGAAAAGACGAAGAGCAAAGUUCCCAAAACGCACACAACGGCUGCGGUGGAUGUCAGCAGCGUACAAGAAUCUCCUCUGUCACUGAACAACCCAGCAGAACUGCUGAAGGAAAUCGAACGUCGAUCAGUGGACUUAGCUUCACGUUCUCUGUACGUCGCUCCAGUUCCCGCGAACUGUUCUCUGGACCUACUGAAGCAGUUAUCACCCUCUGCAUUAGCUUGCCGGCUCUCCUAUAACACACAUUCGAAAACUUGCCGAAAGUACGCGUUCCUGGAGUAUGGAGAUUCUCAGUCAGCCACUGCAGCCCGAAAGUCGCUAAUGGGUCGUCUGUUUGCCGGCCGCACGGUGAACACACAACCUGGUCGUCCUCAGUACCUAGCCACUCAAGGUUCAGAAUGUGUUGAAUGGAAGCGGUUAUUUAUUACGGGAUUACAUCAGACCACUACAAAGGCGGAUCUACAGCAGAUGUUUCCGAAGGCCCAGGAGGUGGAUUAUCCGUUUCAUGCUAGAGGACACCCCCUCGGGUACGCCUUGGUCAAAUUUGUAAACGAAGAUGUAGCCUUUGAAGCCUUUGUCAACACACACAAACGUGUGAUUAAAGGACAGACAAUCUGUGUCAACUACGUCAUCAACGCCAACAAGAAUGCGAAGGCAGAUAAGACUGGGCCUUCAUCCCUUCCAACCACGGUUGAGUUGUCAGUCCCAUCGAAACAUAUCCCUGAAUUAAAGAGGCCUGUCACGUCUUCAAGUGAUUUGGGUCCUGCAACCAAGAGGCCAAAAGUAUUAAUCCAGCCUAUUCAGGAGGCCAUACCGGAUGCGGAAGAUUCCCCGAUUCCCUCUAACGUCCUAUCUGAAGGACUGGAUCUUGAUAGUGACGAUUUCUUGAUACGACCAGCCAGUUCGAAAGCCGUAGUAAAUUCGAAACCGUCACACAUACUCUCCCAACUAGUUCAUUCACGGAAGGCAGCUCUUUCCGAGAAAUCCAAGGCCAUUCCGGGUAAAGAAGAAUCUAAUAAAGCGGAGGAUGACGAAGAUGAGGACCUUGGCAGUGAGGGCACUGGUUCAGAUGACACCUCAGAUUCCGACUCUUGCGAGUCGCUUGCCGGAGAUUCGACGGAUCCAGAUAGUGCCACUUUGAGCGAGGAUGAUGACGAUGAUGAUGAUAAACAGGAAGAGGAGGAGGAAGAUAUCGGUGAUGAUGAGCCUGAAGAUACCGAGAAAGAAGGCUUAUCGAAUGGCUUAUUUCAGUGUCCACCUUCGGCUGAGGAGCAGGCUGCCCUUGAAGCAUCCGAGGACUCGUUGGGCGAAGAAGUAGACAAUGUGCUGGGAGAAGUGAUGCACGCACGACGGUCUGCCAUGCGUGCCUUGAAAAAUGCCGGUUCCUCUAAACGUGCAUGGUCUGCUUCUGGUACUAGCAAAGGACAGAAAAUCCAGCGCGGCAACAAGGGAUUCAAGCCCUUUAUGCUUCCCAUACCCUCGAAACGGAACUGAACCCGACACCUACUUUUGUAUGCUU